GGGGUAUAAGCUACUAUAUAAAAUGAGAUUAAGCUCAAACGAAAAUUGUCCAAAAUCUUCCCUAUUUCUUGAGAGCUCCAUUACUAUACAUGAUCCAAUUCUUGAAUCCCAUUAAUAUUUUCAUCAGAUUAUUUCACAAACAAGUUCAAGAAACACCAUUAUCUCCAUUAAUCACACCAGCCAUUCUCACAAAUCUUUUAAUUACCAUCAUGCCACACAAAUUCACUCAAAAAUCAUCAUUACCAACCUCAUAUCUGGAUCUUUUGUCUUCAAUAACCUCCUUAACUUGUAUGCUAGAUGCGGUCAUCUUGAUAAAAGUCUUACAUUGUUUGAAAAUACCCAAGAUGAAGUUAAAGAUGUUGUUACAUAUACUUCAGUUAUUACCCGCUUGUCUAAAUGUAGUGAGGGUUAUAAAGCUUUGAUCUUUUUCAAGAAAAUGAUGGGUGCUUGUGUUUUGCCUAAUGAGUUCACUUUUUCUGCUGUUUUGCCUGUUUGUGGUCAAGUUGGGGUUGUUUUUAAUGGGGAGCAGGUUCAUUCUUUGAUAUGUAAACAUGGGUAUGUGAUGUGUUUGUUUGUUGGUAGUGCAUUGGUUGAUAUGUAUGGGAAGUGUGGUGAUAUGGGUAUGGCAAAGAAGGUAUUUGAUGAAAUGCCUAAGAGAAAUCUUGUUUCGUGGGAUUCGAUGAUAAGUAGGUAUUUGGGGAAUAAGAUGUAUGUUGAUGCACUUGGGGUGUUUAAAGAAGUGUUCGGUGGGGAAUUUGUGCCAAAUGAAGUGACAAUUUCGAGUGUUUUGAGUGCCUGUGGGAAUAUGGGUGGUUUGGAUUUUGGGAGGCAGGUUCAUGGAGUAGUUGUGAAGUAUGGAUUGGUUUCGUUAGCUUAUGUGAAGAAUUCUUUGAUGGAUAUGUAUAUAAAAUGUGGGUUACUUGAAGAUGCGUAUAGGUUGUUUCAAAUAAUCGAAGAGAGAGAUGUGGUCACGUGGAAUGUUAUUGUGAUGGGAUUUGUUCAAAAAGGGAAUUUUGAAGAGGCGUGGAAUCUUUUUGGGGCUAUGAGAAGGAAAGGGAUAUCUCCUGAUGAUGUGAUGUUUUCUAUUGUGCUACAUGCUGCUGCUAGCAUUGCAGCAUUUGAUCAGGGUUCCUUGGUCCAUAAUCAGACUAAGAUGCUUCUUUCAGCUUGGAUAACGGGUUGCCCUUUCUCUGAAUUGGUCUUCGGCUUACCUUAUCAGUCCAAUGCUUGUUAGAUCUUCUAUUGGAAAUGGCUUGUAUCAUUCCUAAUAAAUAAUAAUCUUAUGUAUCGUUGGACUUAAAUUUUUCUGCUUGGUUGUAUAGAUACUAAAGCUUGGUUAUUCUGCGAUUCCCUGGUUUUACAUAAUUUUGGGUUUCAUCUUUUGCUAUCUUUUAUGUUUGUAGUUUUUUUUUUUGCUAAGCUAUCUAUAUGUUUCUUGACUCUGGUUGUCUCCUAUCCUUUCACUGGAGCUAAAUAUCAGAGUUAAACUUAAUCGCCUAGUCUAGUAGAUAUCAAAUUAAAAAUAUUUUGUUUUAGUAUAAAUAAGUUAUGUUCAUUUUCUUGGCUCUGACUAGGUCAAUGGUUUGAUUGGCCACUGGCAGCUACCCUUACUUUCCUCAUUUUAGCAAUUGUAAUUUAUUUUGUUACGGUUUUUUCCUUGACGUGGCAUCUAAAACUCUUCGAUUUACUUAUCAUACAUCCGAUUCAGACUAUCAGUAUCCUAUAUGCUCAUAUGAUUAGUGCGGGACAGGGUCAGAAAAUAAUGGUCACUGGUUGGAUCAGUAUUGUUACUUGAUUUAGAUAUUUUUCAGUUUCGUGGUGAUGUUUAUGUGCCUCAUUACUUUACAUCUGUUUUUUUCUUGAAGUUAUAAAAUACAUGUCAAUCAUAGGUAAUAUAUGACCCUAACUACUUCUUUUUGCUGACCCAUGCGGCAAUACAGAUACAUGCAUCUAUCUUAAAUUAGUUGUAACUGUGCUGUCCUGACAAACCAGAACUACUUUUUACAUAUCUGUUGCUUUUUCUAUGAUAUAUUGGAAAAUUUCAGAUGAAAAUUAUAGAAUUGAUACAAAUAGUUAGAAAUUUACACCUAAAUGUGUCUCUAUAGACCCAAGUAAUCUAGUACAUAUACAAUAAAGGAAAAUACAUUUGUUCUGCCUAGAUGAAUAUAGUGAUAUCUGUUGAAUUGGCCGAAAUGGUCCAAAAAUUAUCUUGCACACUAUAAAAAGAAGAUCAAUUGUAUAUUCCAAGGCUACUAAUGCAGUAUGACUAUAGAUUUGUUAAAAUUUUGAAUUUUGAAGUAUUUUGGCCCAGAUAUCUAGUGAUUUGCAAUCCCCUUGUGUGUGUAUAUAUAUAUAUAUAUAUAUAUAUAUAUAUAUAUAUAUGUAAAAGGAUUUUGUAACGUGCUGAUAGUAUUAUUGUUUUUUUUCCUCAACAUUGAAUAGCAUUAGUCUUAUGGUAGUGUGAAUAAUUUUCUUCUAGGAUGUUUUGGGAUUUUUUAGCUGUUUUUUGUUCUUUUUUCUUUCCUUUAGGUAAAUAUAAGAAUAUAGCCCGUGCAAGAACAGUUCUGUCUUGCAAAAGUAUAGUUGCAGAAAAGGUGAAAGACUGAUAUAUAGCAUCUGAUAAUUAAUUAAGGUUAUCUUUUGUUUCCUAUGAUGAAUAUAGAAACAUGUUUCCAUUCUGUUGAUAUACACGCUUAUUAGUAGCAUACUUGCAUACUGCCAAAUCUAUGGAAACUCCUUUCUAGAUAUGUUGGAUUAAUAAAUGUCAUCUUGGAUCUUAGUUGGUGUAGUAAAUCUGUUUCUUUUUUCUUCUAUUUACAUCAUGUGUCAAGUUGAGCAAAAUGUUUAUUCUUUUACAUCAUAAACUAGUCUUAUCUAUGUAUGUUUCCUCUAUCUCUUUAUUUACAGAAUCAGAAUCUGCUGCCUCAGCUCAGUAUACAAAGUACAGGUGUUUGGUGUAAAUAAUUAUAAUGCCAAACAUGGUCUCAAAAUUAUGAGG